AUAUCGACUGGAGACUUUUAUGCGCCAUUUUUUCUCCAUAUUGAAUUUCGUUCUGGUUUGUUUUGAUAGCUCGGAAACUGAUUAAUUUACUAACGGAUAUAAUCGAAUAAAUGGACAAUACGUCCAUUAUAACGCAGGUGAAUAGGGAUGAGGAGCAGUUCGGACCAUAUGGAAGUUCAAGUAAAUUUUUCUUAAUUUUGUUCGUACCCUAGCACUAGGAGUGUUUGACUUGCUAAGAAGUGUAAAUAAGAUGUAAAAUUCAAUCGUAAUAUACGUUCUCGCAGUGAAAAUCGGGUAUUUUCAUUAAAAUUUUCCAAAAAUAGGCGCCAAUCAACUGGCAGUCGAAGUGAAUUUUGAACCUGAUAGGAAAGAAUUUAUUGAUUUCACAGCUCUUUUUUGAGAUAACACUCGAUUGAUGAUAAAGGUGCAUUGCUAGAAUUUGCAAUUUAGCAAUUCAAACUAAAAUGUUAAGCGCACCAGUUAAGUUAUAUCCAACUUUUACUGCAACGUCGCCACGCCCAUCUUCGAAUAGCAUAUUGCCACUUUCUACUACAACACCAAAGCAGACAAAACCAAGAAGUAGAAGUUUCUGGCGUUCUCUAUUUACUUGCUGCACGGGCCGUAAUCAAACGCCCGACCCGGCUACACAUCAACCAAAUGGACAUGCAGCACCGAGUCAGAUUCGGCCCCUUCUUGGACCUCCGAGACGAGAUGAUACGAAUAAGAAGUGUGUAAUUAUAGACUUGGACGAGACAUUAGUUCAUAGCUCCUUUAAACCCGUACAAGAUGCGGAUUUCAUUGUACCUGUAGAUAUCGAAGGAACAGUGCACCAAGUUUAUGUUCUUAAAAGACCAUAUGUGGAUGAAUUCUUGCAAAAAAUGGGACAACUUUUCGAAUGUGUCCUCUUUACCGCCUCUCUAGCUAAAUACGCUGACCCCGUUGCUGAUCUGCUAGACAAGUGGGAUGUAUUUAGAACCAGGCUCUUCCGCGAAUCCUGUGUCUUUCAUCGCGGAAACUACGUUAAAGAUUUAAGUCGUUUAGGACGAGAAAUUGAACAGAUUGCUAUUGUCGAUAAUUCACCGGCAUCUUACUUAUUUCAUCCUGAUAAUGCUAUCCCAGUGGCUUCGUGGUUCGAUGAUUCAGGUGACACGGAGCUUCUAGAUUUAAUACCAUUCAUGGAAGGCUUAGCAAAAGUAGACAAUGUUAUCGAAUUUUUAAAGAAUGCGAACCAUAAUAUACCUCACGCAUCGCACUCCAAUGGAACAUCCUAG